CGCCUCUUCCUCUUCCUCUCUUCCUUCUGAUCAGCAUCUCAUCUUUCUCUUUCCUCCAUCUCCCUUACGUUCCUCCGCUCAAGUUACUUUAGGCAACCUCGUUCCACUCAACCCACCUGCCAACCAUGGGAUUUGCCUCCAAGAUCGCCAGUAGUCAACCUCCCACAAUGAGUGCCAAUCCAUCCGGUUACAGCGGAGCUCCUCCAACCGGAUACACGGGCGGACCUCCAGCAUCAUUGCAGCCUGGUGGCUCCGGUGGAUACAACAGCCCUCAACCGCAGUAUCAGGCUUAUCCAGGUUCCCCCGCUCCUCCUGGCUCGGCACCUUCUUACCCCCCGCAGAACUCCCCGUAUCCCAGUGGUGCCGUUCGUCCUCCGCAGCCGGGAACCCCGGGACCGCAGGGAGCGCCCUAUGGACCUCCCGGCGGGAUGCCCCCGGCACCGCGCGCGACAGAGCAGCAACUCGGCGCCUACCGACAGCUCUUGCUGGCAACAAUCCAGGAGAACAACCUGCAACCCUUCUACCCCCCGGCCCGUCUAGAUCAACUCGUCCAGGGGUUGGCCACCGAGGCCCCCGCCAAGAUCAGCCGUCUGGUGCACGAGUGGCGUGUGCCCACCGAGGUGGCCACUGAUAUUAUCAAGCUCUCCCUCUACGACGUCAUCCUGUACGUGGAUGACAGUGGAUCCAUCGAGUUCGAAGAGAAUGGCGUGCGGAAGGAGCAGCUGAAGCAGAUCAUCGGCAUCAUCGCCACGGCGGCCGCCACGUUCGACGACGACGGCAUCUCCGUGCGGUUCAUGAACUCCAUGGAGCUCGGGGAUGGCAUCCGCAACGUCGACGACGUCCACCGUCUGGUUGGCCGCGUUCGCUUCUCCGGCUUGACGCCCUUGGGCACCGGCCUGAAGCAGAAGGUCCUCGACCCGAUGGUCGUGGGGCCGGCGCGCGCGGGUCGUCUGCAGAAACCCGUCCUGGUCAUCACCAUCACCGACGGUCAGCCAGCGGGUGAGCCCCUCGACUCGGUGGCCAAUUCCAUCCGCUCCGCAACAGACGAGGUGGCCCGCACGCCCCUGGGACGCGGCACGGUCGCCUUCCAGUUCUCCCAGGUCGGCAACGAUGCCAAGGCCCGUGACUUCCUGGGAAGCCUGGACGAAGACCCGAAGAUUGGCGGACUGAUCGACUGCACUUCAAACUUUGAGGUGGAGCAGGAUGAAAUGUCGCGCGCCAACCCCCCAGUGUAUCUGACCCGUGAGCUAUGGUGUGCUAAAUUGAUGCUUGGGGCCAUCGACACCUCAUAUGACACAAAGGACGAAAAGGCGAGCGGUCGUGCCGGGGGUGCCGGGGGUGCAGUGGGUGCCCCGCCUGGCCCUCCUCCCGGCCAGUAUGGCGGCUACAGCCAAGCGCCUCCUGCCGCCCCUGCCUACAGCCAACCGGGAUAUCCUAGCCCGUCCCCCAACCCGAGCUACGGCGCCCCCGGUCCCUACAGCCCCGGGCCCGGCUAUGGCCAGCCCCCUGCCCAGUACGGUCAGUCCUACGGCGGCUACGGGGCACCCCCGCCGCAGCCCAGCCCGUCGGGAUACGGACCGCCGGCGGGGGCCCCCCGCGGUUACCCGCCGCCGGGAGCGUAUGGACAGGCACCCCCGCCGCCCCCGCGGUACUAGAGGGUCUGCCGGAUGAAAUGGGAGGGGAUCAGGUGCGGUGAAGAAGAAUGAUAUCGGACUGUACCCAUUAUGAUUUUUAUUUUUAGUCUUAUUAUUCUUUUCCUUUUCUGUCUCUCUCAUCUUUUUCCUUUCCUUCACAUAUCUUUUCCUCUACGCGUUGACGGUCGUUUGAUUCUUGUUCCUAAUUCCGGGCGCAGUCCUGGCCGAUGAGAUGGGCGUGUACCCAUAGAAAAUGAAUAUUGUUAAUGAUUAUUAGUAUGAUGGCUAUUCUAGUAUAUCCAUUUCUCCCGAACCAUGGCACGCGAUCUGACGUACCGCGGGGGACAGGUACGUGAACAGGUCGUCACCUGGACCCAGCCAUCCGGUGCGCCACGUUCC